UGGGCAAUCGCACGGCCUACGAGAUGCUCUUAUUCCGACUAUUCCUUUCGCUGUUAUUCUCCGCACUGCCACAGCUCCUUGAUGGUGCGCGGAUUUUGGCAAUAUUUCCUUUUCCGGGACCCUCGCAAUACAUCAACGUCGUGCCCUAUCUGAAGGGCCUCGCGGCUCGCGGCCAUCAGGUGACAUCGGUGAACGCCUUUCCCCAAAAGAAGCCUGUGGAAAACUUCCAUGACCUUGUGGUUCCUGAAGUCUUUCAGUCCUACGAAGAGAUCAUUGCUGAUCUGGACAUCAGUAGAAAUUCGUGGCAGGAGAACAGUUUCAUAAACGACUUUUUUCUGAGUGUCACCAAAACAGUGCUGCAGAAUGCGAAGGUGCAGCAGGAGCUGCUGCAGCCCGGCAAGGCUCAGUUCGACUUGAUCAUUGUGGAAGCCUUGCGCACCGAUGCGCUCUACGGUUUCGCAGCGCACUUCGAUGCACCGAUCAUUGGCAUCUCCACAUUCGGCACGGACUGGAACAUCGAUGAGCUGGUGGGCAACACUUCGCCGAUUUCCUAUAUACCGCUCGUUACGGUCGGACUGACCGAUCACAUGACCUACUGGGAGCGAGUGCACAACUUUGUCGAGACUGCCAUAGCCUGGCUCAACUGGAAGCUGGUCUAUGUGCCGCUGCAGGUGAAGCUCUACGAGCAAUACUUUCCACACAUUGCCCAUAAGAAGCCUUUGGUGGAGUUGAGCAAGAACUUUUCGCUGGUGCUGCUCAAUCAACAUUUCUCGCUCAGUUUCCCCCGGCCGUAUGUGCCCAACAUGAUCGAGGUUGGGGGACUGCAUAUUGCUCACAAGCCGGCGCCCUUGCCCAAGGCGAUGGAGGAGUUCAUCCAAGGCGCCGGCUCGGCAGGUGUUAUAUACUUCUCACUGGGCUCGAACAUCAAGAGCAAGGACCUGCCAGACGAGCGCAAGCAGAUGCUGCUGCAGGCCCUGGCAAGUCUGCCGCAGCGUGUGCUCUGGAAGUUCGAGGACGAUCAGCUGCCGAAUAAGCCCCCGAAUGUGUUCAUCAGCAAAUGGUUCCCCCAGCCGGACAUCCUGGCGCAUCCCAAUGUGAAGCUCUUCAUCACCCACGGCGGCCUGCUGAGCACCAUCGAGAGCAUUCACCAUGGCAAGCCGGUGCUGGGGCUGCCUUUCUUCUACGAUCAGUUUCUGAACGUCGAGCGCGCCAAACAGGCUGGCUUUGGGCUGGCUCUCGACCAUAAGGAGAUGACAGGCGCCGAGUUUGUCCACACCAUAAAGCGCUUGAUCAAUGAGCCGAAAUUUAGCGAAACAGCGAAAGUAAUGUCGGCUCGUUACCGAGAUCAGCCCAUGAGUCCGCAGGAGACGGCCAUCUGGUGGACGGAGUACGUGCUGCGGCACAAGGGCGCUCCACACAUGCGCAUCGCUGCCCAGGACCUGAGCUUUGUGGCCUAUCACAGUCUGGAUGUAGUCGGCCUCUUCGUGGGCGUGGCCGUGUUGAUCCUAGUGAUAAUAACUUACCUGUUACAGAAGCUGCUGUGCAGUCGGGGGAAUGCAGGAAAACAGAAAUUGAAGAGUCAGUAGAUACUCCGUAAGCACAUUAGAUCAAUUGUAGCUAGAAGCGGGCGCCAUAGAUUGCGUUUUAUAUAAUUUAUGUCUGCUCAAUGUUCAAUCUUUAUUUAAAGUUGCCAAAAUAUAAUUGGAUUAUAUGGGUAUAUAA